CAACGGUUGAUUCACGGGGGUGUGCAUGUCUCGUCUAAUUCGCACACUGAGAGGCGACAGUUUCGUCACUACUCCUUCCUCCAACAAUCCUGCAGUGCAAAGUGAGAAUCAUUCCGAGAAUGCCGUGAUUUGCGAAUUAACAAAAUCAACCCAUUCGACGACGUGUCUUGAGAUUAAAUUGAACCGUGCGACACUACAGUGGAAAUGGCUCACUAUAAUCCGCACGAACAACCAGGCCUGGAGGUGCAUGAACCAGCCGGCCUCGAGGUCGUGUCAGAGCCAGAGGCACCGCAGGUGAUUAAUGGACCAACAGUCUACGGAAAACCAUUUGAUCCAUCCAACACCUAUGCGCAUCCGGUUGGCGGCGUGCCGCAUCAGCAAUACCAGGCGCCGCCUGUCAAUGGUGGAUACGGUCAAUACCCUCCCGAGUCGCCAUAUCCCGAAUCUUCAGUAGCGCCUCCCCAAUCACAAUGGGCACCGUCGCAAGUCGGAACAGUAGGGCCAAGUGUGUCGGAAAAGGGCGCGCCGGAACCUAGGAUAUUGGGUAUUAAGAGGAAGAAAUUCUGGCUCAUAUUCGGGCCACUGAUAGCGGUCCUGGUUAUCGGUCUGGCUGUCGGUCUAGGUGUCGGACUGGGUACAAGUCAUAAGAGCAGUAGCUCCCCGGCAUCAAGUAGCUCCUCAAACGCAACUUCGACCUCAACGAGCUCCAGCGCGACAGCAACAGCGACUGUUUCAGCAAUAAAGUGUCCGUCAAGUAAUGGAAGUUACUACGAAGCCUCAGGCAACACCAAGUUUCUCGUGCUUUGUAACCUCGAUUACAACGGUGGCGGGGGUUCUUCAGAUAUUGGCAAUGUAAUAACAGACACCGCGGAAGAUUGCGCAAACAGCUGCGCGACGAAUGGUACUUGCGCCGGCGCUGGAUGGGGAGACUAUUACGGAAGCACCUAUUGCUGGAUGAAGUCCUCAUUAGGCAGUUCCCAAAGUGCCUCAAAUUGGUAUUUUAUGAUCAAGGAAUAGCCACAUCAAUCUCUAAGGCAUGGCGUUUUACGUUGGCUGUGUCGGAUAAGUGUUAGAAUCCCUCUGACCCAAGCACCAGUAUAUAGGCUCCUACUUGUCGGGUAGCCGCCGACGCAAAUAUAUAUCCCAUCUACAUAGCCAUUGUUCGAAAUAACACAUAUCUUACUUGCGG